UGAUAAGAAAAAAAAAAAAAAAAAAAAAAAAUUAUUUUCUCACCAGUUGACGCAGUCAUACAGCUUCAAUUUAAUAUUUAUUACCACGCUUUUUUUGUUGUAGUUGUUGUUGUUGUUGUUGCUGUUGUUCUCAAAGAUCAAAGGACACAUCAUCAAUGCCUGUCCUUUUCGUCAAGACAAAAGUACGCUUUUGACCUAUUAGCACGGUCAAAUCAACUGAAUGCCAAUUGACCCAGUCGUAUCAUUUUUACCUGGUUCUUCAUAUCAUAGCUGUCAAGCCUUGCACACAUUUCAGCGCCAGCCCUGAGCCUACUCUGCAACAACAUCCAUUGUAAUCUUUACAAAAGACCGUUUCUCCCCCCUUUUUUCUCUUUGUACUCUCGUCCUUGGAGCUUUUCCCUUUUUCCCUUUUCCGCUUUUCCUGCCUUGUUCCUCUUCGCCUCUUUGGCUGAUUAAUUUCUCUUCUUCAUCGGACUCAAGAUCCUAAUCAUGGCAACCACAACAACGAUUUCGUCCUCAACAACAGGUUCUGUAGUGGGCAGAUCGACCAUGAGUCUUGUGGGUGCUGUCAGUCCUCCAACAACGCCUCCCGCAACCCCUACGAGCCCCAUAAUGAGUGCUUCAGAUUCUAAUAAAGUGGAAGAUGAAGAAGUACCGGCCAUUCCCAUAGAUCCAGCGUCAUCAUCUGUUAAGGACCAGAAAGUUAUGGCAACCACGCCACCCCCAUCGCCACCACCAGCAUCCGUCUCAGCUGCUUUGAUGCCUGGAACACCUUCGUUAACCGACCUAGAUCUGGAUGCCCUUCCUCUAAAAGCAACAAUCACUACUGCUGUGCUCGACAAUGGUGCUGGUCACUCAUUAUCAACAGCGAUCAAGUCCGAGAGACUGGGAUCAGGAUCAGGAUCAGACGUCAUACCAUCCUUGCCUUCUGAGACAACAACAAUAGUGGCUUCACCGUCACCAUCGCCAUCAUUAUCAUCGUCACUGCCAUUGCCAUCGUCUCCAUCAUCGUCGCUAUCCACAGCCGUAGAGUCAGCAGUUGAUGUAGCCAUAACAGUGACACCACCAAUACCGACUGGAGAGGCGACCACGUUCUUUGACGAUAUGAUUAACGCACCUCAACCGCCUGCUAAUAUCUUGACACUGGGGCCAACGACAUCAUUGCCCGAUCUGUACCACGAUUUCUUUGAUAAUCACCCCGAACUCUAUGACUCGGGUCAGUUGUCUGAUCCAGAGAUGGACCUUGAUCCUGAAGAUUUUGCUUCACUAACAACUUCGGCCAUGAUUCGCGCUCGUACUCAUACGAUGACAGAUCUGAGCCAGACAUCGGGCACCACCAUGUGAGUCGUCGUUUUACUAUUCGAUGUGCGAUAUAUUGUUUUUCUCUCUGGAUAUUACUUUUCACUCCCCCUUGGUUUGAGCCUUUGUCAUCUCCACAAUUCCCCAUGGCCAUAUGGCAUAUUCAUCAAUCACUCUGUCCCACAAUCCCAGUAGCACGUUGCUUUGCCAUUCAAAGAUU